AUGGUGUGUCUGAUCGUCAACCCCAGUAUCCUCUCGGCCGACUUUGCCGACUUGGCCUGCGACUGCCAGCGCAUUCUCGACGCCGGCAAUGGCGACGUCAAGUGGCUCCACAUCGAUAUCAUGGACGGCCAUUUCGUCCCCAACAUCUCGUUUGGGCCUCCCGUGCUUUCGUGCUUAACCAAGAAAUUGGCCGACCGCAAGUUGUUCUACGACUGCCACAUGAUGGUGCUGAACCCGUUGCAGUGGGUGGAGCCGAUGGCCGAAGCGGGUGGCUCGCAGUAUACCUUCCACCUCGAGGCGGCUAAGGACCCCCAGGCGGUGAUUGACAAGGUCAAGCAGCACGGGAUGAAGGUGGGCAUUGCCAUCAAGCCCGGUACCCCCGUGGAAGACGUCAUCCCCUGGGCUAACCAGGCGGACAUGAUCCUCGUGAUGACGGUCGAACCCGGGUUUGGCGGCCAGAAAUUCAUGCCCGACAUGAUGCCCAAGGUGAGAGUGUUGAGACAAAAGUACCCCGAGCUUAAUCUCGAAGUUGACGGUGGUUUGGGCGAAGGUAACGUCGACGUUGCCGCUGAAGCUGGCGCCAACGUUAUCGUCGCCGGGACCCUGGUGUUCAAGUCGCCUGACGUCGCCACCACUGUCCAAGUGUUGAAGAACCUGGUGGAAAAGCAUUCGGCUAAGUGA